AUGACCGUGAAACCAAUUACGAAGAUUAUCUUCCUUUCGGUUCUAUUAUCUAUAGGAAUCCUUCUGGUUGUUUUAUCAUGUGCAUUAUUUCAUAAUUAUCACCCAUUAUACGUCAUCGCAGUGUUCUUGGUGGCACCAAUACCCAACGCUAUAUUUUCCAAUCUAAACGCUAACUAUCAAUCAGAUUUCCUCUCGGAUAGUGCUCCAAACGGCAAUCCUUUCAAAGAUUUCGGAGAAUUCGUAACAGGGAUCUUCGUUUUUAGUGGCCUGGUCCUUCCGAUUGUAUUUUGGCAUGUGCAGCUGAUUGUUUUCUGGUCUAUGAUAAUGAGUUUAUCUGGAGGUUUUAUUGUUUAUGCAAGCAUCAUACUAUUCAGCAUGUUCUUCCACAUGUCUGACGACGAUGAAGGGUUCGACUUCUGA